AUCAUUGAUAUUAAAUUUCCAUUUUUAAUGCUUAAUUGAGGUGUGUUUUUCUAAAAGUGAUCUUACGAAUGAUCGUACUUAAAAGCGUAAAAGCGGAUUAAGAGAGCACACAACUAAAUGAAAAAUUAAUUGGUUUCCUUUGUAUACAUACAACCUUUAUUUUCUUGUUGGUACCUCCUUCUUGGGUCGGUCGAUCGAUUGUUCGCUUCUUAGGUAAAUGAACAACUAUAGUACUGUCCAUACAAAACACUUCAAACAAUAGCCUGAGUCAGCAGAAUCAACUAGAGCAUUUCCCAACAAUCCAUAGAAUACAGGCAAAAUUAUACAACCUGUACGAACACUUUGGUACAAAAGGUGUCAUAAAUUUUACGGUUAAUGAUAAUUUUUAUUGAUGGGACAAACGACCUGUUUGUGAAUAUGUAUGACCCUAAACUCUGCUACCUGGGCAGGGGAGGGGGAACACAGGUCACUAAGCGAAAGGGUGAUUUGUUGUAUAAAAUCUGUGAUCAUCUGGAAAAACGCAACAGAUUCAUUUAAGACAUCAAUGAGUAAAGAUCAUUAUUAAAAAAGAAACUCUUAAGAAGAAAAGUUUAAAAAAACCGUGAAAAUGUUAAGUGAAUUAAUAAUUCAGAAUAUAAUUAAUAAAAAUGGCUCCAGCACAAACUUUGGAUAUAAAUACACAAAACACUGAUAAAUAUACACACAAAAAGUUCCAAGGAAAGCGCAACUAUGCUCACAAGAAGUUUGGUACACGUUCCGGCAAACUUUUGAACUCCAGCGAUUCACCAAAAGAAGCUGUUACUACCAAUGAAGUUUCACAAAACACCAACUCUACUUUGGCUACUAAAAGAAACACCAACGAUCUCUUUAGGCCUUAUGCUUUGCCCGAUAACACUCCAUCACGUAAAAGAAAAUAUUCUGAAGUACAAACGGAUUUGGAAGAAAAAGAAGAAAAUCCUAUGGAAUUUAAAAGAUUUGCUUCCUGUGCCAUACCACCAACACCUUCUCCCUCACCACCUAUAGCGUAUGGUUCAUACAAUCCCCAUUUCAUACAGCCCUCACCUAUAUUCUUUAAUCCCAAUUAUCGUCAACACUAUCAAUUCAAUCCCCAAACUUUUGCCUUAAUUUUACAAAAACAACGUGCCGCUCUCUGUAUGGGUGAGAUUUUGAAACGACAAGCCAAUCUAAAUUUGUACAACCUAAUGGGACAAUAGGCCAGUCUGUAAAGAAAAAGAAAUCCAGCCAGUAAGGAAAGACUCUAAGCCAACAACAACCUUCCCUGGAAAGUAAUUAAAACAGUAAUUGUGAUAAAUUUUUUUGAAACAUAACCUCAACCAGUGAUUUUUUUAUAUAUGUAAUUGUGUAUAGAUUUAAAUAUUUUUUAAAUAAUAUUUUUUAUAUAAAUUUAAGUUUUU